AUGGCCGAUAGACCUGAGAUCCCACCUACUCAACCUCUAUACACGCUCCGGUCGUCUCACACAUCGUCUCUCCCUAAACCAAACCCUUGGUCCGUCCGGGGAGUCUUGAAGGACCUGCCCAACCCGCCAACCGAGAACUCAUCCUCGCCUGUACCCUUCUUCCACUAUCUCGAACGUCUGAAACUGGAAAAGCGCGAAGGAUGGCGAAGGUUUGGCAUCGACAAGGGCGAGUCAAUAGCAGAUCAUAUGUAUCGAAUGUCGCUGAUCACCAUGCUCGCACCGCCUGAGCUGAGUUCGCGACUAGAUAUUCCGCGCUGUACGAGGAUGGCAUUGGUUCAUGACAUGGCCGAGGGGCUCGUUGGAGAUCUGACGCCGGUGGAUGGUGUGCCGAAGGUGGAGAAGAGCCGACGCGAAGCUGAGACGAUGGAUUGGGUGGCUCAGUCACUACUGGGGAAAGUACAUGGGGGCCUCCCAGGGAAAGACAUCCGUGCAGCAUGGCAAGAAUAUGAAGACAGUGAGACAGUGGAGUCAAAGUUCGUCCACGACGUCGACAAGAUAGAACUGAUCUUGCAGAUGGUGGAGUAUGAGCGGGCAAACGAGUGCACCAUUGAUCUUAGUGAGUUCAGCUGGGUAGCGAAAAAGAUCGCCUUGGAGGAGAUGAAGACUUGGGCGCAAGACAUCCUCAACGAAAGGACGGAACUGUGGAAGAGCAAGGACUUGGCACCGAGAGAGCCGACGCGGGCAGCAACUAUCAAGGAACAACAGGAUGAGUACUACGGCAACAAUAGCAGGACCGCUCAGCCUUUGGGUAAUGGGGUCACGGACACUCAAAUGAACGGGCACGCACAGUGA